AUGAAACCAUCUAAACUGCAAGAUCAUCUGAGAAGAUGCCACCCUGAUAAAACACAGAAAGAUUUGAAAUACCUUCAAACAAACAAAGAUAAAUUUCAGAAGAGACCUACACUGGACAGAAUGUUCGCUUCGACGUCACAAAGAAAUGAUGAUGGUUUGCGGGCGUCUUACAAUAUCUCGUUACUUAUAGCAAAAUCCGGAAAACCGCAUACUAUCGGAGAGAAGUUAAUUUUGCCAGCCGUUGAAGAGGUUUUAAAAACUGUUUUACACAAACCUGCAUCUGAUAUCAUUAAAAGAAUUCCCUUAAGCAACAAUACUGUUGAAAGACGUAUUGAUGGAAUGAGUUCGGAUAUUGAAAGCUUCUUAUGUAAUUAUUUGCAAUUUCUCUAUACAACUGGACGAGUCAACUUUACCUGA